UGGAGCUUUCUUGCAAUCUCACCAACAGCAACACCCAACACCCGACAACUGGUCAUGUUUUUCCAUUACUUGCUUCUCUUCCUUGCUCUCCCAUAUUGUAGUUCAGCCGACACCAUAACUCCCAAUCAAGCCAUAAGAGACGGUGACGUUUUAGUCUCCCAUGCAGCAAGCUUCGCUCUUGGGUUCUUCAGCCCCGGCAAUUCUACCCUCCGCUACGUUGGGCUCUGGUUCAACAACGUUUCAGAAAAAACCGUUGUAUGGGUCCUUAACAGAGACCUUCCAAUCAACGACACCUCCGGUGUCCUCUCAGUUAGCAGCACAGGAAACCUCGUCCUCUACCACAGACACACUCCUAUCUGGUCCACAAACAUUUCAAUCUUGUCAGUGAACGCCACGGUUGCCCAGCUCUUAGACACAGGUAACCUAGUUUUGUUCGAGAGAGAGAGCAGAAGGGUUCUGUGGCAAGGAUUCGAUUAUCCCACCGACACUAUGCUUCCCAACAUGAAACUGGGAGUAGACCGGAGAACCGGUCUGAACCGCUUCCUGUCAUCUUGGAAGUCGCCGGAAGACCCAGGAACCGGGGAUUACUCCUUUAAGAUUGAUGUCAAUGGCUCCCCUCAAUUCUUCCUGUGCAAGGGUACAGACCGUUUGUGGCGAACCGGUCCCUGGAACGGCCUCAGGUGGAGCGGGGUACCGGAGAUGAUAAACACCUUCAUAUUCCACAUCAAUUUCUUAAACACUCCCGAUGAGGCCUCCGUGAUAUACACUCUGCAUAACAGCUCGUUUUUCUCCAGGCUCAUGGUGGACGGCAGCGGACACGUCCAACGCAAGACGUGGCACGAAUCCGGCCACCAGUGGAUGGGGUUCUGGUCAGCACCCAAGGACGACUGCGACAAUUACGGCCGGUGCGGGCCGUAUGGCAGCUGCAACGCCAACAGCGCCCCCAACUUCGAGUGCACGUGCCUCCCGGGGUUCCAACCCAAGUCGCCAAGUGACUGGUACCUGAGAGACGGGUCGGCGGGGUGCGUGAGGAAGGCAGGAGCGAAGUUGUGUGGGAGUGGAGAAGGGUUCGUGAAGGUGAGAAGUGUGAAAAUUCCGGACACAUCUGAGGCACGUGUGGACAUGAGCAUGGGGAUGGAAGCGUGUAGGGAGGAGUGCUUGAGAAACUGUAAUUGCAGUGGGUACACAAGUGCGAACGUGAGUGGAGGAGAGAGCGGAUGCGUGAGUUGGGACGGAGUCUUGAUGGACACGAGAGACUAUACAGAAGGGGGCCAAGAUUUAUUUGUGCGAGUUGAUGCAGCUGUAUUAGCCGAAAAUACAGAGAGGCCGAAAGGCAUUCUUCAAAAGAAGUGGCUGUUGGCAAUUCUGGUAAUACCGGGUGCUGUCUUAUUGUUUCUCAUUAUCUCCUUGGCCUGCCGGUUCAUCAGAAAAAAGAGAAAAGACAAAGCAAGACAGCGUGGAUUGGAGAUAAGUUUUAUUUCAAGUUCUUCGUUGUUCCAACGCUCUCCAGCAGCAAAGGAGCAUGAUGAAAGUAGAAGAAACUCAGAAUUGCAAUUCUUUGAUUUGGGCACCAUAGCUGCUGCCACAAGAAAUUUUUCGUUUGCUAACAAACUCGGACAAGGUGGUUUCGGCCCGGUUUAUAAGGGUCAACUACCUAGUGGGCAAGAAAUAGCUGUAAAAAGAUUAUCAAGUACUUCAAGGCAGGGAAUAGAAGAGUUUAAGAAUGAAGUUUCCUUAAUUGCAAAGCUACAGCAUAGGAAUCUUGUGAGACUCUUAGGUUGUUGCAUUGAAGGAGACGAAACAAAAAGAUCAUUGUUAGAUUGGAAAAAGAGAUUUGAAAUUAUUCUUGGGAUUGCUCGUGGGAUCUUAUACCUUCAUCAAGACUCAAGAUUAAGAAUCAUCCAUAGAGAUCUAAAAGCAAGCAAUGUUCUACUAGAUGCUAAAAUGAACCCAAAAAUUUCAGAUUUUGGCAUGGCUAGAAUAUUUGGAGGAGACCAAAUUGAAGGAAACACAAGUCGGGUGGUUGGGACAUAUGGGUAUAUGUCACCUGAGUAUGCAAUGGAAGGACUAUUUUCCAUAAAAUCUGAUGUCUACAGCUUCGGGAUUUUGCUCUUAGAGAUCAUUAGUGGGAGGAAAAACAGCGCCUAUUAUGAGGAUAAUUCUUCACAAAAUUUGGUUGGACAUGUUUGGAAGCUGUGGAGAGAAGACAGAGCAUUGGAUGUAAUUGAUCCAUCAAUGGAGAAGACAUAUCCUGCAGAUGAAGUGUUGAGAUGCAUCCAAAUUGGGCUCUUAUGUGUGCAAGAAUGUGCAACUGAUCGGCCUACCAUGCUAACCAUCAUUUUCAUGUUGGGUAACAACUCCACUCUUCCUUCUCCUCAGCAACCUGCCUUUGUUAUAAAAACAACAUCUAGUCAGGGAGUUAGCUCUGUAAAUGAGGUGACAGUAUCUAUGGUUGAAGCACGCUAACUGCUUGGCUUUGCCUAUAUAAACGUUUGUGAUGUCAAUGGCUGUGAUCAUUAGAUUUCUCAGUUUUCUUAAUUAGUGAAUUCUUUGGCACCGUAAUGGGUGGCCAUAACCAUGGUUCUUAAAAUCGGGUCAGACUGACUUCAAUCUACCUAUCAGACCAUUCUAGGCAUUGAGCCGGAGGUGAACCCCCUUUUUCCUUGACCAGCACACGAACCCAGGCAGCGAGGAUGCAAAACACAUAUACCAUUAGUCUGGAUGCUAUUUUGUGACCAUGUUGUGAUGUUCUACUAUUUUGGUUGAAUACCUGUAUGUUAUUAUUUUUAAUAAUUAAGACCUCUUUUCUUCUUA